AUGUCGAAAGUUGUCAGCAGCAAGGAGAAGAAAUCCUUCAGCAAGAAGCUGUUCCGCAGGAGUUCGGUCCGCUCCGUGGGCAGCUUCAUGAACAGAGUCCUCCGGACCCUGUCCACUCUGUCCCACUUCGGCACCGACGAGCAGGCCGCCGCCGACGACAAGGACGAGGCGACUUCGGCUCCGAACACCGCGGCAGGCUCGGUCCAGUCGGACGACAGCGACUGCGGGGGGUUCCAGCUCGGGGACAAGGUGCCGGGUGUCUCCGGGCUCAAGAACCACGGCAACACCUGCUUCAUGAACGCCAUCUUACAGUGCCUGAGCAACACGGAGCUGUUCGCAGAGUAUCUGGCCCUGGAGCAGUUCAGAGGAGGGGAGACGAGCACCGACGACAAGGCGAGGUCCAACGGGGUUCUGGUGCAGAAGAAGGGGGGCAGCCAGCAGCAGGAGGCGGGGGAGGUGACCGAGCAGCUGUCCGGCCUGGUUCGGGCUCUGUGGACCUUUGAGUACACCCCUCAGCACAGCAGGGACUUUAAGAACGUGGUGUCGAAGAGCGCUCUUCAGUUCAGAGGAAACUCUCAGCACGACGCCCAGGAAUUCCUCCUCUGGUUGCUGGACAGAGUCCAUGAAGACCUCAACCAGAUCAUCCACCCUGACAGCAGACUCCCCCUGAAGGUCAGGAGCAAAACAGAUCCUCCAGUGGAGGAGGAAACGGCUCCUGAAGGAUCUCCGCUACCAGCACCUGGCUCUUUUGUACAGGAGCUGUUUCAGGCACAAUACAGGUCCUCCCUGACCUGUCCUCACUGCCAGAAGCAGAGCAACACAUUUGAUCCUUUCCUCUGCAUCUCACUGCCAAUCCCAGUACCUCACACCCGACCUCUGUAUGUGACGGUGGUGUACCAGGGAAAGUGCUCACACUGUAUGAGAGUCGGGGUGGCCGUGCCUCUCUCGGGCACCGUGUCCAGGUUGAGACAAGCUGUGGCGCAAGAGACCAAAAUCCCCGCCCAACAGAUUGUCCUCACCGAAAUGUACUUUGACGGCUUUCACCGCUCCUUCUGCGAUGACGACGAAGACCUUGAGAUCAUUCAGGAGAGCGACUCCAUCUUCGCCUUCGAGACGCCCGAGCUAUUCAGACCGGAGCAGAUCCGCUCCAUGCGAGGCGGCAGCCCACAUGCAAACCUCAAUCAGAACAACCUGAAGUACGGCACGGAUAAUAACAGGAUAUCCACGCAGAUCCAGGAGUCAACAACACCACCGCAGAGUCCCAAUAAGAACAGCGGGCAGGCUGAGAAGAUUGUGCUGAUGGUGUGCAACAGAGCCUGCGCUGGGCAGCAGGGACGCAGGUUUGGGAAUCCUUUUAUUCUCUAUAUGGAGCGUACAGUAACGUGGGAUAUACUGCAGACAGAGAUCUUGGAGAAGAUGAAGCAUCUUUUGCGCCCUGGUGUCCUUGUGCAGGUGGGGCCCUUCACUCUGCGUGUGGUAGGAGUGGUUGGAAUCACUUAUCUGCUGCCUCAGGAGGAGCAGCCUCUCUGCCAUCCCUCUGUGGAGAGAGCAUUCAAGUCCUGCGGCCCAGGAGGGCCACCUCAUGUCAAAAUCGUGGUUGAAUGGGACAAAGAGACAAAAGACUAUCUGUUCAAAAGAACCGAGGAUGAGUACAUACCGGAUGCUGAAAGUGUCCGACAAGUGAAGGAGCAGCAUCUGCAGCCUCAGACCUGCACGCUGGCCCAGUGUUUGCAACUAUACACCAAAGAAGAGCAGCUUGCUCCUGAUGAUGCAUGGCGAUGUCCACAUUGUAAGCAGCUUCAGCAGGGCAGCAUCAAACUCAGUCUGUGGACACUGCCAGACAUCCUCAUCCUCCACCUGAAACGCUUCAGACAGGACGGGGAUCGACGAGUGAAGAUGCAGAACAUGGUGAAGUUCCCACUCACAGGCAUGGACAUGGCACCCCACAUAGUGAAGAGGAGCCAGAGCAGCUGGAGUCUUCCCUCCCACUGGUCGCCAUGGAGACGCCCUUACGGGAUGGGGCGCGACCCAGAGGACUACCUGUAUGACCUGUACGCAGUGUGCAACCAUCACGGCACCAUGCAGGGGGGGCAUUACACAGCUCACUGUAAGAACUCCAUUGAUGGACAGUGGUAUUGUUUUGACGACUGCGAUGUUCAUCCCAUGUCUGAAGAUGAAGUCUGCAAGCAAACUGCCUACAUCUUGUUUUAUCAAAGACGUGCAACGAUCCCAUCCUGGUCUGCCAACAGUUCUGUAGGAGGUUCCACCAGUUCUUCUCUGAAUGAACACUGGAUAAGUCGGCUGAUGGGAAGCCGUCCACCCAGUCAAGCCUCAUCUGGUUCCUCAAGGCGCACUUCCUUGGCUUCCCUCUCUGAGUCCGCUGAGUUUGCUGGUGAAAGGAGCGAGGAUGAUGGUCUUUCAGUCCGACAAGCAGUCAGAGGCAUUCAAAGGCAAACGUUCUCUUCAAGAUCUUCUAUCGCCAGCCCGCUUGCUCUGAGUGAAAAUGGAUCCAAACCAUCCUGGUCCCACUCGGCUAAGCUUCAACUGCGCUCCAACUCUCCUUCAAGGUUCUCCCUGGAGUCCCACUCCUCUCCAACACUGGAGAGGAUAGGAGAGGUGGUCGAUAGCCAGCUGACAGAUUUGUGUUUUACUGUGUCCCCUAAACCUGAGAAAAUGUCAGGAGGAAAGUCCAUUCUUGCUGCUUUGGACAAUAAUGUUGGCAGUAGGAGGUUGAUAGAGCAGGGGUACCUCAAGAGUGUUGCACAGGCAGAGCAUCGGAGCUCGAUCCAGACAGGGAAAAACAGCAAUGUUACUGCUGCUGAGCAGGUAAGUCCUAGACAUGGAGUGGCACCAAAGGAUCUAAAGCAAAGAAAUGGAAUGGCAGAUAGCAAUGGUGUCAAAAGGACAUCAUCCAAGACAGGGGUAGAGAGUGAGAGAAGUCCCAAAAAACGUCCUGCCACCUCCUCAACAUCAUCCAGCUCUCUGUCCCCUGCUUCUCCAGCCAUUGAAAAGUCACCAUCUCGAACACAGUCCAAGGGUGCAGCAAUGGCAUCAAACCCCAGGGACAGAAGCAGUGGACCACCUAAAACAAGCAAGGGUAGUUCCUCAAGAACAGCAACGCCAUCCAAGAAAGUGACCUCCCAAACCCCAGAGAUGUUACAUCCUGAUCCAUCGCAAAGGAAGAGUGGUUCUCUAGGGUUAGAAAGCUCACACUCUCAGAGGAGGCCAUCACCCAGAGGGGGCACUGAGAAAAACCCAGCUGCAGAAAGGACUAGAGCAGCAGACAGGAGUGCUAGCCGUGAAUCCUCACGAGCAAAAACAGCGUCAGAUAGGAAAGUUAGCCAUGGAGGGCCUCCUUCCAGGUCAAGCGGUUCUAGUAGAACAGAGACAAGGCCAGGCAGGGCUGUUGAAGACAGGGCAACAGGCCGAACCUCAAGCAGUAGCUCGUCCAUUACUAGUCUUCGAUCUUCAAGUGUAGGCAUUUCCUCAGGUAACACAGCUCAACCUCCGAGGGGAACUCGAGGGAACAGUAAGACAGAAGACAAAGGUUUGUCCUUCUUUAAAACCGCUCUGAGGCCCAAGGAGAACCGUAAACCAAGUGAAAGUGGGAAACCAGAGCCGGGACAACCAAAAGGAAGUCCAGACGAUGAGGAUGCAACAAGGGAAGCGCUCUCUGGUGGGGCGAGCAAAAAAGCCCAGAAUGCAGGUUUAGAACUUCCAAACAGUGUGACUACAGCCAAAGAUAAGGAAUCCUCUAAAGUAUCAGCUGCAACUAAAAACUCACUGUUGCCCUCCACAAAAUCUAAGCUCUCUGAAGCACAAACAAUCACUCAGUCUUCUGCCACCGCUAAGGACUCUUCAAAGAAAGAGCCUGCUAAAAAGACAUUACAGUCCAGGAAGAUCCCCAUAAGUUCUACACAGACUAGCCAGAGAUCCAAGUGAUGCAUCUUUAAGGGUCUGAAUCUGAUCUUUCUAGUGCAGCUCUGAGGUGUUUUCUCCCUGUUGUCAUCAAAGACCGGGUGUUGGACAAACACUUUUAAAAACACUGUAGCUUUUCAGUGGCCACUGAAUUCCAGCUGCCAUUUUAACAGCUACUUUGGAAUGGGUUUUCAACAAAGCACUUUGUAUGGAUUGAAUUGAUAUUCUGAAAUAUUCUUCUGUAUUGUAAAUAAGCAUGGACAUAUAUUGAAAUCUUUGCCUUGUUCUGUCUGUAGCAUCACUGGGAAAAAAAUGUCUUAGUGGAGCUGAAAAUUAAACUGAAUUUGCACAAGAUGGAAAGCAGGUAUAAGGGAGGAACAGCUUCAGACACAUCAGACAUGUGGACAGCUCAGCCACCAAAGGAAGUUUUUGGCAAUUUUUAACAAGCUGAUGCAGUGAAUAAUUUUCAAAUAUCACUUUUUACCGCUCUCUUACAGUAUUGAGAGCCAUAUGUCAACAACAAACAUCAGUGCCUCAGAUUAUAUAAGAAAUAUUUAAUCUAAAUGGUAUAGCAGCGGUUGUUGGUAAAUUUGUAAUUGAAAAAUCAAUAUUUAUUAAGCACUGAAAAUGUAAUUUUAAUUAAACCACAGUUAAGCCUAUUUAACCUGAACUACUGUUUACAUAUGCUCUUUGGUGUAACUGCAACAGCCUUUAAGAUGUAAUGUUUUUGAUGGCUUUGUUCAGCCCAAAUCUGUCAUGGAGAGGCUGAGAAGAGGCGAAGGAACGCAGUAUGAGUUGCUGGUGUUGAAUUUCUGAAAACUUCAGUUUUUAGUGAUUUGUAGCCCUGUCUACACUACUCGGAAUAUUUGUUUAAACAUGUUUUGUUUUUUCUCCAUUUAAGUUAAAAUAUCGUUGCCUACAUCAUUUUAACAAAAACUAAAAUAUCCAUGUUGUUCUCUAACUGGCAACAUGGGGCAGUCCACGAGGGACAUGUUUUUUUGAACACACAAUAAUUUUUUUAUUGCUUCAACCUUACCUUGGAAAUGGCGUUUAAGGGCCCUAAAAUAGUGUUUUUUAAUGGGUUGCUAAGUGAAAAAAAUCUUGAAACACCACUCUUGUGUUUUCAUGUAGACAGCCAAAAUGCAGCCUUUUUAAAACAAUGAUGUCUUAGUCUCACCUCUAAUCUAAUAUAUGACCGAAGAGUUCUUUUUUGUAAACAUUUUGUACGCCUUGUUUCCUGUUUUUGUUGUAACAUUUUU